CAUCUGAAUUGCGUACUCGCGCGCCCUCCACUUUCCCUCACAAGUGUGUGCGCGCAUCCCGAGCCUCGCCCCCUCCGCUCUCCCCUCCCCCUGCGUUAUAUGACUGUGGCUGAGCUCCGGACUCCCGCACAGCGCUGCGCUCGGGAUUCGGGAUCCGCUGAGAAGAUGGUGGCCGCCGCGGCGGCGGCGUCUUCUUCCUUCGCGCUCCCGUGAACGCGCCUUUCCCGGCAGCCUCGGAGGGACGGAGCGGGGAGGAAGCGACCGGGCGCCGCCGGGAAACGACAUAAUUAUUAAAGACUAAGAGGGGCGAAAGAAAGACUCAGCCACACUACUGCCGCUGCGGGAGAAAUGCACGGGAGCGCGCGCCGGAGCGACUCCGCACGAAGGAAUUUGUAAACAUUAGAGAUCGACCCUCGCAAUGGACUCGGGCUGAAAGUCGAGGCACCGAAGAGACACUUUUUUUUUUUUUUUUUUUUUCUUCCUUCUCUUUUGCUUGUCUCGGAGUCGGAGACCGGAGGGCAGCGCGUGCAGCGAGACCCCCGUCCUUCCCACGCGGCUCCCACGUCUCGCGAGUGGAACCCGUGGCCUGGGAAAACUUUCACAGUGGGAAUACUUAACAGACACCAGACACGUUCUCGUUUGUUUGUUUCCAAAGAUGGGAGGCUGAACUGGUGUUUAUUUUGCGAGCCUUUCCUUUCGCUGGACCGUCUCUUAAAACAAAACAAACGUAUCUUGUCAAGAUCAGAAUACUGGAUUACUGUGGCGAACGUACAUAUAUAAAAGAAUAUACUAUGUACACACACAAUAUAAAUAGAAAGCCGAUUAUUUUUGACAUCAAUAUUAAUUUCCAACUCUCCUGUCUGCCCUGCUAAUUAUAUAUAUAAUAUUCGUCUGCGUGUGAUUAUAAAUAUAGGAAUAAGUGCGCUGUUUUGCCGUCUAUUUUUGGGCUCGUGCUCCAGUGAGGUGCGAGCGGUCGCGGUCGCCUCCUUGGGACCGCGCGGAGGCGCGGGUCCGGACAGGAGGUUCAGGAAAGAACGGGGCUCCGUCCCCGGGUCCGCUCUCGAACAGGCCGUCCGUUGGGGGCACAAAGGGGGCAUGUGUGCCUUGGCUUGACCGCCGCCACCAUAACGGGCGCACACGUUCGUGUUUCGCUCCGAUUCAGCAAUAGCUCCUCGCCGCCUUCGGAGUCGUCGCUCGGACUCCGGCAACUUCGCUAACGUUCAGUUAUGGAACAGAAGACGGUGGCGUGAUUUGUUCCGUUAUUAAUUUGUGUUUCCCGGUAGGGAACGCGCGCUGAGGCGAAGGAAAUAAAACGGGUUCUCCCGACGUAAAGCCUGACGAAAACCGCUCGCUCCCCGGCAGUUUGUAUUUCGCCUCAGAGAAAAGGGAGAACGUACGAUUCAUUGGCGCGAGCUCACUUCUCUCGUUCCGUGCAACUUUUUUUUUUUUUCUUUUUUUUUUUUUUUUUUUGCAAACUUGUAGAGUUUGGUGUUAAUAUCGCUGCGCGAGGAGGGAUUAAAUGCCGAAAAGGUGAACAGGAGGGACGGUGGAACUCGGGAAGGGAAUACGGGACGUGGAUGGAGCUCGUAACAACUUGUGGGAUGAGGCGGGAGGACAGGAGAGCGUCCCUUUUACCCCAAUGUCGCCGCCUUCACCUCAGGUGAUAUCGCAAGCUUUUAUCAAGUUUCUUUUCGUGACGAACAAACUAGGAGAUUUCUCUCGUUUCAACACAGCGUGUUAGCUUCGAGGGGGUUACGUUCUGCUAGGGAAGAAGUUGCUAGUUUUCGGCACUCGGCGCCCAGAGAACGACGUAGCCGUGACGUCAUUUGCAGAAAAAUGACGAAACACUGAAACUGCUUCCGUAGGCCAAGUGUUGUUGAUUUUUUUUUCCCCCCUUUAUUCCUUUGCAUUCCUGCCUUCUUGUGUAAUUUUUUUUUUUUUUUUUGAAAGAAGUGGAGUUUAUUUUUAAUUUAUACCAACUUAAUUAUUUCUUGCUAGUCUUCUGCAUUGUGUCAGCUCUGCCGAAGUGCAACAUGGCUUCACCGCAGCACCUCCUGCACAACACCGAGGUGAACUGUGACUCGAGCGGCGAUGGCGCGGUGACCGUGCGGAUCACCAGCAACAAAGGUCACAAGCUGCAGCAACAGCACGCGGCUGGGAACCUGAGCGGCAGCGGCAGUGCCACAGGAGGGUCCAAACACUGCAAGUACAGCAUUUCCUCCAGCUGCAGCUCGGGUGAGUCGGGCGUACGGAGGAUGGUGGUGAAGGGCCACCGUAGCCACAGAAAGAUGCCCCAGCUGUUUGAGAGGUCCAAUGGGCAGUUCUGGGAUCCGGGCUUUGACUCGCCCAUCUUGGAGGAGGCAUGCCAGGAGAGAUGCUUCCCCCAAACGCAGCGCCGCUUCCGGUAUGUGCUGUUCUACUUGGUCAUCUCCAGCCUCCUGUGGGGAGUGUACUUUGGGGUGAACCCAGCUCGCUGCGACCCGGCCGCAUUCCUGGUCCCCACUGCCGCCUUUCUGCUCGUCUGCCUCGCUCUCUUUAUCUUCACGUUCAGCCAUGUCUAUGCACGCCUCUAUAGUCACGCCUCCUUGUUUCUCAUUGUGGUGACCUUUGCCCUCACGCUGGCACCACAGAUGCAGACUGCUGGCUUUAGGGACUUGGAGAGGCUGCCUCCCGAUGAAGACUAUGGGGAUGACGGUGCCUUGGGGAGCAGGAACCUCACCCUGGGCCAGCUGGGCCACAGACAGGCCCCUACGGGGAGUUCCUGGACCCCCUGCAUCUCCCCUGUGGGCACCUUCUCAUUGUGCAUGGAGGUGCUCCUCUUGCUGUACAGUGUGCUCCAAGUUCGUCUGUAUGCCUCUGUGUUGUUGGGGCUGGUCUACUCAGCACUUUUUGAGGCACUGGGAUGGGCGCACCUAGCCCAAGAGGACUCCGUGGACAAGCUGGACUCAGACUGGGCCAUGUUGCGCUGGCUGCUGCCGGCCAAGGCCCUGUUGCAUCUUUGCGCUCAUGCCAUUGGCGUGCACCUGUUCAUCAUGUCAGAGGUGCGCUCACGCAGCACCUUCCUCAAGGUGGGGCAGGCCAUUAUGCAUGGCAAGGACCUGGAGGUGGAGAAGGCCCUGAAGGAGCGCAUGAUCCACUCGGUGAUGCCGCAACGAGUGGCGGACGAGCUGAUGAAGCAGGGUGACGAGGAGAGCGAAAACUCAGUCAAGCGCUACUCUGCAGCUGCAGCAGUCGCCUCCUCUUCUACCAGCCCCAAGGGCAACAAGAGGAAGAAAACAUCUAUCCCACGUGGGCAAAUUAUCUUCAGACCCUUCAACAUGAGGCGUAUGGAGCCUGUCAGCAUUCUGUUUGCUGAUAUUGUGGGUUUCACCCGCAUGAGUGCCAACAAGUCUGCGCACGCGCUGGUGAGCCUCCUCAAUGACCUCUUUGGCCGCUUUGACCGUCUGUGCGAGGUCACCUGCUGUGAGAAGAUCAGCACAUUGGGGGACUGCUACUACUGCGUGGCUGGUUGCCCCGAGCCCCGCCCAGAUCACGCCUAUUGCUGCGUGGAGAUGGGUCUGGGCAUGAUCCAAGCCAUCGAGCAGUUCUGUCAGGAGAAGCGGGAGAUGGUCAACAUGCGGGUGGGCGUGCACACGGGCACCGUGCUCUGUGGCAUCCUGGGCAUGAAGCGCUUCAAGUUUGAUGUGUGGUCCAAUGAUGUCAAUCUAGCAAACCUCAUGGAGCAGCUGGGAGUGGCCGGCAAGGUGCACAUCUCGGAAGCUACCGCCCGAUUCCUGGAUGACCGGUACCUGGUUGAAGACGGCCGGGUAACGGAACGUGUUGGCCAGAGCGUGGUUACAGACCAACUGAAAGGCUUGAAGACCUACCUGAUCUCAGGGCGGAAGACAGACCCCUCACAGUGCAGUUGCUCCCAGCUGGGCCUGGCUGGGCUCGACCUGGGCGACGUCCGGAGCCCCUCGCCCCUUGCCCACACCCCUGAUGCCCCGCCUGCCACCUCUACUGAAGCCACGCUGCAGGACACCCUCUCCAAAUCCGAGCCUCCCUGUGUCUCUUGCACAGUGAUGCUGUUGCCCGGUGAGGACAAGUCCCAGGAGACCGGGGCAGUACUGAAUGGGUGCCGGGAGGAGGACAAGAGCAACAGCAGCAAGGUGCCCCCAGGACGGAGUCUCAAAGCCCUGAAUGGGCUGCUGAGCCCCCACCUGGGACCAGCCUUGGCCAACAGCCAGACCUCGCUGUGCGAGAUGCUGCAGGAGAAGGAAAAGAAAUGGGGUGGGGGAGGGGAAGUCGUCGGCACCAUGGACCACUCUGCCCUCAUCCCCCUGCGUUCCAAGAACUUCCGCGAGAGGAGCGAUGCACACUUUGUGGAUGUCAUCAAGGAGGACAGUCUGAUGAAGGACUACUUCUUCAAGCCCCCCAUCAACAGGCUGAGUCUGAGUUUCCUGGAGAAGUCCCUGGAGUCAGCCUACAGGACCAGCUACCAGGAAGAGGUGGAGACCCAGGCGGCUGUGCGCACCUUUGCCAGCCCCACCUUCAGCUCCUUCUUGGAUGUGCUGUUGUCUUGCGCUGUAUUCCUGGCCCUCACGUUAGCGUGUUUCCUGCGCCCACUGCUGACAGAUGAGCCGCUGCCUUUGCCGGCCCUCUGCCUGGCGGCUGUCGCCAGCCUUUUUGAGGCUCUCUCAUUGGUGCUCUCCAUCCGCAUGGCCUUCUGCCUGGACACAGUCCUGGGCUGCACUCACACCCUGCUGCGGGCCAUCUCUGGAUGGGUCCCCCGCCACCUGAUUGGGGCAGUCCUGGUGUCCUUGCCAGCUCUGUCCAUCUUUUCCCAUGUUACCUGUAACCUCCAUCUCUCCAUACAGUUCACAAUGUUCAUGUGCUGUGCUGUCAUCAUUGCCAUCAUCCAGUACUGCAACUUCUGCCAGCUGAGCUUCUGGAUGCGCUCCAUCCUUGCCACCACGGUGGGGGUGGUACUGCUUGUUCUGCUGUACAAUCCCUUCUGCAAGAUGGGCAUUUCUGACAGUUCCAUUGACUGGUCCAGUGACCAGAGGAACGUCAGUAGAUCGGUGGAGCACCCUUCAGAACCAGUGCCACGGCCGCAAGAUCUGCUGGGUCCUGAAGCCAUAUUGGCCUUCUUCCUGCUCUUGCUUUUGGUAUGGUUUCUGAACCGUGAGUUUGAGGUCAGUUACCGACUUCACUACCAUGGAAACGUAGAGGCAGACCAGCACCGCAUUAAGAUCCAGAACAUGCGUGACCAAGCAGACUGGCUGCUCCGCAACAUCAUUCCCAUCCAUGUGGCCGAGCAGCUAAAAGUGACACAGAGCUACUCCAAGAACCAUGAUAACGUGGCUGUCAUCUUUGCCAGCAUUGUCAACUUUAGUGAAUUCUAUGAGGAGAGCUAUGAAGGCGGCAAAGAGUGCUACCGUGUGCUUAAUGAGCUGAUCGGCGACUUUGAUGAGCUCUUGCGGAAGCCAGCCUUCUCCAGCAUCGAAAAGAUCAAGACCAUUGGUGCCACCUACAUGGCAGCGUCGGGGCUGAGCACCCAGCAGGGCAGCGACCAGGCACACCCGCAUGGGCAUCUGAGAGCGCUCUUUGAAUUCGCCCUGGAGAUGAUGCGUGUUGUGGAUGACUUCAAUAAGAACAUGCUGGGCUUCAAGUUCAAGCUUCGCAUCGGCUUCAACCAUGGGCCGCUGACAGCUGGCGUCAUCGGCACCACCAAGCUUCUGUAUGACAUCUGGGGUGACACAGUGAACAUCGCCAGCCGCAUGGACACUACAGGUGUAGAAUGCCGUGUGCAAGUGAGUGAGGAGAGCUACUGUGCACUGAAUGAGAUGGACUACGAGUUUGACUAUCGUGGCACGGUUAACGUCAAAGGCAAGGGGCAGAUGAAGACCUUCCUGUUCCCCAAAAGCACGGACAGUGGGCCUGUGCCGCAGUACCAGCUGUCAGUUUCCCCAGAGAUCCGGGCGCAGGUGGAUGGCAGCAUCGGGCGCUCACCCACCGAUGAAAUUGGCAACAUGGUGCCCUCAGCCACUGGGCCUGGACACGAGUGUCAAACGUUCAAGGCUGCUAAGAAGACUGAGGAUGGUGGUGAUGCUCUUGGUGUGCCCAAAGCCCAAGAAACAGCCUCAACUAUAGGUGUGGGUUCCCUCCCAGCCCCUGGUGCAGGUAUGACACAGGUAUCCCCAGGGAGGCAUGCCCAGCAAGGCCCUUCUGCCACUGCCCCGGUGCCAGAUUCCGCCCUCACCUCACUCCUUCAAGUAGGCAAGGAGGAGGACGACGAGGCUGACGAACUGACCAAACUGUAAACCUUAGGAGCAACUAUGAUGCUCCUCUUCUGCAAGCCCUUUAAUUGCAGUAUUGCGUCCUCAGCCGGUCGAGCCAAAGGGCUAUGGGCGUGCAACGUGGGAAUAGUCCCGAGACCACCGAAUGCACCCCAUCCACGUAGCGUGUAGCGUGGAGCCCACAGAGACCGACUGCACUUUCGCCUCCGCUCCUGCUUGGCUUACAUACACCAUUACUUUGGCUUCGUUCUUGCUACCGGGUGCGUGUGUGUGCAGCCAUACAGAUCACUAAAAGGCACAAAGGGAGUGGUGCGGUGGAGAAGCGAAGCAAGA